AUGGCUUCAGUGGAAAGAAUUCGUCUGGCAGAUGGCUUGGCUGUUUACGCCAACCCAGCUGCCAAACUUGAAGUCGAAUUUAUCCACAAAGAGAUCUUCGUUGACAAGUGCUAUGAUGUCGCGUCCUUCCCUGAAGAUGCCUUUAUGGUCGACGCUGGCGGCAACAUCGGCAUGUUUACCCUAUAUAUGAAAAAGAAAUAUCCGUCAUCGUCCAUUCUCGCUUUUGAGCCUGCCCCAGUCACUUUUUCUACUUUUCAGCGCAAUAUGGAGCUGCACAACAUUUCGGGUGUGCAAGCUCACCAAUGCGGCUUAGGCAAAGAGAAUACAAGUCUGGCUUUGACAUUUUUCCCUCAAAUGCCUGGCAAUUCCACACUGUACGCCCAAGACAAAUCGAAUCAGAUGAAAUCCAUUGACAAAGACCACCCGAUCGCCAAACUCAUGGAAGAGACACAAAAGGUAGAAGUCGACGUGAAGCGUCUUUCCGAUUUUCUUGACCAGGUUCCAAACCUAAGCCGCAUUGACCUACUCAAGGUGGACGUGGAAGGUGCCGAAUUGGAUGUGUUGCAAGGCUUGGACGACAAACACUGGGAUUUGAUCAACAAUAUUGUAGUAGAGCUUUGCGACAGCAAAGGGGAGCUUGCUAUGGCCGAGGCAUUGUUGGAUUCCAAGGGGUUUACGGUUACCACGGAGAGGCCUGACUGGGCACCUGAGGAUCUGAAGAUGUAUAUGUUGGUAGCAAAGAGAAAGUAA